AUGUCUGAAGCCGAAGAGUCCUCUUCCUACCCUCCCAUAGAUCCGGUGAACUUUGAUCUAAUCAUCGUCGGCACUGGCCUUUCCGAAUCGAUCAUCUCCGCUGCCGCAUCGGCCGUCGGAAAAACCGUCCUCCACCUCGACCCUAAUUCCUUCUACGGCAGCAAUUUUGCUUCUCUCUCUCUAGAAGAAAUCACCUCUUACCUCAAUUCCCCUCUCAAAUCCAUCACCGCCGCCGCAUCAUCAAGCGAUUCCGACUAUGCCGUCAUAAACCUCAUCCAGCAACCUCUUGUAUCCGACGCAGAGAUCAUUUCGUGCGAUUCUGUUGACGAAUCCACGUUUCUUCUAGAAAAUUCGAGAAAGUUCAACCUCGAUUUGGGAGGACCCAGGGCACUGUUCAGCGCGGACAAAACAAUCGACCUAUUGUUGAAAUCAGGUGCUGCACAGUACUUGGAGUUCAAAGGCAUCGACACGAGUCUCGUGUACAACGCAAAAGAGGGUUUGGUUAAUGUGCCAGAUUCACGUGGGGCCAUUUUUAGAGACAAGAAACUUUCGCUUAAGGAAAAAAACCAAUUGAUGAAGUUCUUCAAGCUUGUUCAGCAACACUUGGGUGAUAAUGAGGAUGGAAUGAUUUCAGAGGAAGACAUGGAGAGUCCUUUUGUUAGUUUCUUGGAGAAAACCGGGUUGCCGCCAAAGAUAAAAGCGAUUCUUUUGUAUGCUAUAGCCAUGGUAGAUUUUGAUCAAGAAAAUGGCGAGGUUUGUAAAGACUUACUUACAACAAAAGAUGGCAUAGAUCGUUUAGCUCAAUACAGCUCAUCUGUUGGAAGGUUUCCCAGUGCACCGGGGGCUUUGAUUUAUCCUAUUUAUGGUGAAGGAGAACUACCACAAGGUUUUUGUCGUCGUGCUGCCGUCAAAGGUUGCAUUUAUGUUCUUCGGAUGCCGGUUAUUUCUCUGCUUAUGGAUAAGGUUACUGAGUCGUAUAAAGGUGUUAGAUUAGCUUCGGGUCAGGAAUUAUAUAGUCAUCAGCUAAUCUUAGAUCCAUCCUUCACAAUUCCAUCAACACAGUCGUUGUCUCCUAAAGGAAUGGUGGCAAGGGGAAUAUGCAUCACAAGGAGUUCCAUAAAGCCAGAUGUGUCAAAUUGCUCCGUGGUGUAUCCUCCUAGAUCUCUAUAUCCUGAUCAGGUUACAUCAGUCAGAGCUCUUCAGAUAGGAUCGAAUCUCGCAGUUUGUCCUGCGGGCACCUUUGUUUUAUAUUUUUCCACUUUGUGCAAUGAUGCCGAUGAAGGAAAGAAGUUACUAAAAGCAUCCAUGAAGGCCCUUCUUACAUUGCCUGUAUCUGGAAACACAGAAACCAUUGUUCAAAGUGACAGUGAAGAUAAAAAAGCCGUUGUGCUCUGGAGUGCAAUUUAUGUUCAAAAAUUAACUAUGGGUAAAUUUGAAGCUAUCAGUUCCACUCCAACACCAGAUGGAAAUCUAAACUACAAUGACCUUGUAGAUGCAACUGAGAAGCUAUUUAGUCAAAUGUACCCUGAUGAAGAAUUCUUUCCAAAGACGACAUCCCCUGAAGAUUCCACGGACGACGACGAUAAUGGGAUAAUUAUGGAGAGCUAA